CACGCCUCCACGCGUCGUCACCGUCAUGCAUGCCUUUGUGCCUCGAAUUUGCGUUUGAUAUAUAUCGACUUCUACUAACUGUGCUCACCUCAACGCCGCACUUCAAUCAGCGCUGCCCUUCAAAUUGACCCAUGUCGCAUCUCUGCCUUUUUACGCCUUCGUUCCGUUCCGCCCUCUAGAGACCCCCAGUACUUACCGAUAUGUAUUGGCUUCCGGCCGACAACGACGGGAAACUCUCCUACAAAGAAUUGCAGCUCGACAUUGUUGGCUUCCUAGCCAUUUUGGGAGAGGGUUCAGUCCUGGCCAACGCGCAAGUCUCAACACUUUCCAGAUGGAUCUUCUUGCCGCGCCUGCUCCCAGCACCUCAGGCUCUAAUGAGACCCACGAGACCAAGUAAUCUUGAACCAUUUCCAGGGCAUGUGACGGGCAUUGUCUCGGGCAACCACCGAGAUCACAUUAACCAUAUUGGCAACAUUGUCUGCGAUGCUAACAACCUCCCUGAAUUCAACGUCCGCGUCGUCCAAAUCAAACGCGUCAACGACCGGGAGCUCAAAUCAAAGACUUUCGGCCCGCUCACCGUCGUCCUCCUCAUUGGUUUCGCCCUCUCCGUCUUACUCCUAGCCUUGUCAAUAUGGCAAGACGACGGCAUGUCUAUAGUAGCUACGCUGGUGCUAUCAUCCCUCUCUAGUCUGAUUGGAUUGAGCAACAAAUGGCGAUUGAAACUCCCCUCACGCCCCGACAAAGACCGCAAGGUACCACGCGGAGAUCUUGUGAUACGAUAUUUGAAGGGUAGCUUCUUGGUGGUGCGAUGCGAGGAAGAUGUUGCCCGGGAACUUUACUUUGCACCCGAAGGCAUCCACUAUCUCAUCACCCACGCUCCCGUAUACAGACUACUGAGCUUGAUAGGCACCAUGAUGCUCAUGGGCGGCGUCAUCUGUCUCGCCAAUGCGCAAAUCCAAGUCCAGAUCGCAUGGGCAGGCUCUUAUAUGCUCCUCAACGCGUCGUACUGGAUCGUGGCUGCGUUACCUAGCAAGAUGCACUGGGACACAUCUUGCUACGAGGUGAUACCCGAAUGCCUUACCGGCUCCGACCUUAAAACAAAGGGCUUUCCGUCUAAAAGUGCAUCGUAUACAUGGGCUCUGUGGAAGGCGAUUUGCGUUACCAAAGACACGGAUUGGGUGCUGAGGAGUUCCGCUUGUCCUGAUACGAAAGCGUGGAAGGAGUGGUUGAGGGAAGCCAAAGCGUGCAGCAAAGAUGUCAGGCUGGUCGACGACGAAAGGAUAUCAAAAGGCGAAACCAUGUGGGAAGUGCCUGAUUGGGACCCUCAGGAAUCCCUGUCACGCUUGAUAGCGGAACAAGCAAACAGUGAGAACAAGAGGUUUGAGGAUGUCUGA